AAAUUUUUAAAUGUAAGAGGAAACGGAGAAGGAACAUUGUGCAGUUAUUCUCGUGAUAAAACAAAUUCUCACAUGACUUUAAGAUGGAUCAAACCGGAGAGAUAUAUUGGUGAUACUAUUGUUGAAUUUGAUGCAUGUAGUUUUUCUACCUUAAGUGUUACCGGUGCAAAUGAAGGUAAUUUUGAAUUGAGUCCUAAUGAUGAAAGUACAUCUGGGGAAGAUGAGGAAACAUCUGAGGAAUAUGGAAGCUCUUUUCUAAGCGUUAAAGAGGCUAACAGUGACAAUACUGAAAAUACCGUUAGAGGACGAGAUCAGGAAACUGUUACCAUUUAUGAGCGUAAGCCUACAUUGACUCAAUCAGAUAUAGAUAAUGAAAUUCUUUGUGAAUUUUGCGUUGAAAUAAAAGCCACUCACUUUUGUAAACUAUGUAAAGGAGAUGGAAUGCGUAUGUGUCACAGGUGUUUAAGGUGCCAUGCGAGGCUAACCAAUCACCAGAGUGAUGUGAUGUCACUUUUAAGCAAUACCGAAAGUUUGAAUUUAGUCCAUGGUUGCAAAGAACGCAGAUCACACGAAAGACCUCCAGAUAAAGUAGUUGAUAGGCAGCCAUCACCACCCGUGUUAAAACUAUCUAAAUAUUGUAGCAGAUAAGGACACACAUACUUGUAUUGCGAUUGAUUUUACCCGAAUGGCAAAUGGCAAUCUUUUGGAUGCCGAUUUUUCCAACAAAUGUUUGAAAAUAUUUAACUUCGACAAUUUACACCUGAAAAACGUAUUUUACCUAGACGACCAUCCGGUGUGUAUCACGUGUUUCCCCAACAACACCGUAGCAGUAGCGUAUAUAAAGGUUCUAUGUCUGGAAAAAAUUGAGGAAAGUCAUGAAAGAUUGGCAAUCUACAAGGAAAUGGACAAUUGCAAUGGACUAAAGAGCGUUGGGGAAUACCUAUAUUACUUAGGCGGCACCUCAUGCACUGCCUCCAUAUACCACCAACAAGGCUCAAAAAACCUUUCACAUGUAAGAACUAUCGAAUAACAACAAUAUGGCAUCAAUCAUCCGGAACAAAUUGAUGUUGACCAAUCUAGAAACACCAUUUAUAUCACCGAUGCAGCCCUAUAUGUGUAUGCUUUAGAUGUAAAUGAAAAACUUCUUAUGAGUAUGCCAUUAUGUGAACAACAUGAUGUCUCUUCGGAUACUGCUAGUAAUGUGUAUGUUUGUUAUUUUAACUCAGACAAAGUUUUAAGAAUCACUAAAAAAGCUUCCAGUUGCAAAACGUUCUUGCCAGACAUUACUAUCGCUGUACAGUGUUCGGUAUAUUUCGACCACAAAAGAAGGCGGAUUUUCAUCGGCAUGUACAAGAAUAACUUAAUUU